AUGUAUUCAGGCUUUUUAAUUGCAUUUUGUUACAUUUAUGUAACAUAUGGAUUAACUACACAAGAAUAUGAUUUUAUUGUUGUCGGAGUGGGCAGUGGAGGAUCAAUUAUGGCAGCUAGACUGAGUGAACCGCCUAAUAAUUGGACCGUCUUAGCCUUAGAUCGAGGCGCGGCUCCUCAUCCUCAACAACAACAAGAUGAUGACCUAAGUGGUUUGCAUGAUCCAAAUUAUUUUUCAAUAGCCCAAAAUUAUCUCCUUAAUCGAUUAGUAAGAAAUCCAAGAUACUAUGGUAUUGGUGGAACAGCAAUGAUCAAUGGUAUGACUGCUGUAGCUCCAUCAAGAAAUCUACUUGAUCAAUUAUGGCCAGAUGGUUGGAAAUGGAAUGAUUUAUUUCCAUACAUGUUAAAAAUGCAAAAUCAUUACUGUUAUUAUCUUCCUUCAGCAUUAACUGGUAUAACAGAAGAAGAUUGUAAAUUGUGGCAUGGACAAUCUGGUCCAGUUGAUAUAGCUCCACCAUUGUAUAAUCAAAUGCCUGAAUUGCUACAUGAAAUGAUGAAAGAAUGUGAUCAAAACGUAGGUUUUAUGAAUGAUUAUGAUAAUCCUAAUAAACAAUAUGGGUGUUAUUUUCAACAACAAUUUCGCUCACCAUUAAAUAGAUCAGAUCCUGAUUCACCAACUGUACGUGAAAGUACAUGGCAUGCAUAUCUUGACGGAAUUAGUCGUACAAAUCUUCAAAUAUUAGAUUCAGCCACUGUAUUAAAACUUAUCUUUGAUGAAAAUGAGACAACAGAAUGCAUUGGUGUUCUGUAUGAAUAUAAAGGCAAUAUAUACAAAGCUUUGGUGAAGAAAGAAGUCAUUUUAUCUGCCGGUGUAUUUGAUACGCCAAAACUUCUUCAACUGUCUGGUGUUGGUCCAAAAGAAUGGCUUGAACCAUUGGGUGUUCCAGUGGUAGCAGAUAACUCAUACGUUGGACAAAAUUUAAUUGAUCAAAUGGCACUUUAUAUGGCAUUCGAAACAACCGAAGAUAUUCCUUCUUUACCAUGGGGCGCUGAUACUUCUGGAUGGCUACUUAACAGUGGAUUGAACAAAAACAAUAAUUGGACAGAUAUUCAAAUUUAUUCUUAUUCUAAAUAUCCUGUAUUAACAUUAGACUUUCCAAUAACUGGUUAUGAUCCUGUUCUUGCUUAUUCUCAGCCACCAAUUUCAUUUAUAACAUUUUUAGUAUUUAAUACUCAACCUGACGCUCGAGGUCAAAUUAAAAUUCAAUCAUUAUCACCUUAUGAUAGACCUCAAAUAGAUCAUGGUUGGCAUGAAUUAACAGAAUAUGAUAUAUCAAAUCUUCAAUAUGGAGUUAACUUCAUUCGAAAUAUGUCUACAAAUACAAAUUGGGGUAAAAAGUAUAUUAAAAAAGAAUUAUAUCCAGGAAAUAGAUAUGAUGGUUCAGAUGAUUUACAUAGACGUUUGAAUAUGUGUAGUGCGUACCAUCAAGCAGGCACAUGUUCAAUUGGAAAAUGUACAGAUAAUCAAGCACGUGUUAUAGGAAUACAAAAUGUUCGAGUAUGUGAUGUUAGUUUGUUUCCUACACAAUUAAAUGUUAAUCCCACAUAUACACUUUAUAGUAUGUGUGAAAAAGUAGCUGAUCUUGUAAAAAGUCAAUACGCUUAA